GCUCUGCAAGUGCAGCUGGCGACAGCAGCAGAAGGCGGCGGAGGUCAGCGUGCCGAUGUAUUAUAGCGUGAUGAAGGACUCGUCCCACGAGAGCACCGAGCAGGAAGAGCUGCGUUGAAUGUGCUGGAAGAAGAAGAAGAAGAAGAAGAAGAAGAAGAAGAGACUCUUCAGGGUUGAAACAGGGUCUCGUGUCCGUUUACAUCGAGCCAACUCUAAGCUUAAUUGAACGUGACAUGCAGUUAACAAAGCUCUGUGAUUAUGCAGAGACGGCCCAGGCUCCAGGUGCAUCAUGGGUAGUGAGAAGUCAGCUGGCUCGCUCUUGGACUCGCAGCUCGGGACAGAAACACUUCCUGUGAUGGAGCUCGCUGCUCCGUGAAGACAUGUCUCGUCUCAGGAAGCAGUUUAGUACGACUUCAGCGUUCAGGAUCUUCCUCUGCCCCUGAACGCCACACGCAAGACGCUCUAGUUUAACCCUCUGAUGAAGGAAGACGACGCACAGAAGAUAAUAAUCCUCUAAAGAUGGCCGACACUUGGCUGUAUGUUCCUGAGGAGCCAGGAGCCGGAUCAGUGGAGGACGACAUGUGUACGCUUCAGAUUAAUAUCCAGCAUGAAGUCAUCCCCUCCAUCAUCUGCUCCACCUGCUUCACUGCAGGACUCAUCUACACACUGUUCGGAUACUGCUGCUUCAAGAUGGUCACGUUCUUCUGCGGCUUCCUGUCGGGCUGUGCAGCCGUACUGCUGCUGCACCACAGGGAGCCGCUGCUGGAGGCCGACCUGUGCUCCGGCACCAAGGCGGGGCUGGGGCUGGGGGUGGGCGUGCUGUGCGGGCUGAUGAGCAUGCUGCUGCCCCGGCUGGGCCUCGUCCUCUGCGGCCUGCAGCUGGGCGGCCUGCUGUCCGUCGGCCUGCUGCUGCCGGCGGCUCAGUGCGGCGGCCCGGCUCCGGCCUGGCUGCCUCUGGGCGUCACGGCGGCUGCCGGCAGCGUUGCCGCCCUCCUCGCUCUCCGGUGGCAGAAACUGUUGAGCGUCAUCUACACGUGCGUGUUCGGAGCCACCACUGUGACACUGUGUGUGGAUUACCUGCUGGGGAGGCUCGCGCUGCCGGAUCAGGUGUACGACCUGUUCUGUGAAGUCUCCCCGCGUCCACUCUGCUGGUUCAACUGGACCAUCGCCGGGAUGUGGCCCGUCCUGGCUCUGGUGGGGGGGGCGGUGCAAUGGGGGGUGACUGCAAGAGGAGUUUCACACACAGAAAGUGAG